GAUAUCGACGAUUGUGCGGAAGGACCAUGCGAAAAUGGAGGAAAUUGCACAGAUGCUGUGAAUGAUUAUAACUGUAGCUGUGUUCCUGGCUUCAAGGGGAAGAAUUGUAGUAUUGGUAAGCCAUUUCCGCCCAUUUUAUUUAAUAGUAUAUUUUACAGAAUGUAUGAUAUUUGUUAAAAGCUCCCCGUGUUUUAUAAUCAGUUAACACUUAUUUCCCUUGAUUUUUCGAAUUAUCCAUUGUUUCGCCCCAUAUAAAUGAUGUACGUGAAUCCAAGACAGUCUUGGAUUCUUGAUUCCAGGUACUGGAUUCCAAAUCUUCAUCAGUGGAACUUGCAUUCUGGAUUCCCGUCGUUUGUGGGAUUCCGGAUUCCUUAAGCUGUAUUCCGGAUUCCAAAUCCCAGGAUUCCGGAUUCCACGAGCAACUAUAUCCCAGAAACCAGAUUCCAGGAAAGGAAACUAAAGCCGUUUGCUAUAAAUUAUAAGCAUUGUAACGAAAUUUACAGCAAUUAAAACUUUUUAAUAGAUUGACACUGAUGAAUGUAGGCCGCCAUUCUACCGUUCUGUGCUCAUAGGCGUAGGCUCAGAUUCUAAAGCUGUAUUCACACUGUACUGGUCGGAUAACUUUUCGUGCCAACACCAAACGCUAUCCGAUAUGUGACUCUCCAUUUUAAUUAGAAAUCGGCGUUGCGUACACAGUCAAGCUUCGAUUACAGAAAUCGCGCUGAAAUCACAGUUCUUAUGUUUAACAAUAGCCCUAUCGUCCAACUAACUGGUAUGGUUUUCGUGCCUGCGCAAAAAGCUAUCCGCGAUGUAGUAUGAACAUAGCUUAGUCGCCCCUUAAUCCAGCGGAAGGAGCAAUUGACACUUAAAGCCCUAAGAUCAAAAUUUAAAUUCUCAUUUGUUAUCCCUAUUCAUUUCAUACAGAAGAAGCGGUGAGAAGUUGAUAAAAUAUCAAGCAAAUAGACCUUUUUACCGAUACGGCGGCCAUAUUGACAUUAAGUAGAUUUAAAGAGUAUUAUGGGAAGCACAGGGGGCAUAUAAGCACGAUCCGAUAAUUGCUCAAUCAGGUUUUAACGCGCUUUUUGGGCCAGUUUUUCUUUUAGUUUUCCUAGAAAAAAAUCGUUGUGCCGUGUUUGGAUUUAAUUAUGAUCGCCUUUUUCCCGAGAAAUAUACAGUGAAGUUCUCUUUUUGACCGAAAAGCGCACGUAAAUGCUGAGCGACAGCAAGUGCCCCCUGGGCAUCCCAUAAUACUCCUUAAAUCUAAUAAAUUGACUAUGGCUGCCGUAUCGGUAAAAAGGUCUAUUGAUCUUGUGUGAUCAUGUCCGGAAAUCUCAUGACCACUGUGUUUUACAAAGCAUUGAUAUUCCAAGGAAAAAUUUGAUGCUGAUCACUAUUGAGGCUUUUAAAGGGUUAGAACGAUCAGUCACUGUGUCUGCAUGGGAACGCGGUGAUCGAAGAAUUUUGCCAUGAGUUUCUGAAAAACUUAUUGCUAUUAUCCACACUGAAUUCCGUUUAAGAUAUUGACGAAUGUGCUGAUGGACCAUGCGAAAAUGGAGGAAAUUGCACAGACGCUGUAAACGAUUAUAAUUGCAGCUGUGUUCCUGGAUACACUGGAAAAAAUUGCAGUAUUGGUAAGCCAAGUUUCAAUGCAACCCUUCUUUUCAUGUUAAGUCUUGGUUUUCUCGCGCUAACACGUUUCUCACGUUCUGACAAACAAUGUAAAAUUUUUUAAAUUUAAGUCAAAAUAACUUCCGUAUUUUAAAUUCUGCUUAAGAUAUCGACGACUGUGCCGAUGGACCGUGCGAAAAUGGAGGAAGCUGCACAGAUGCUGUGAAUGAUUUUAAUUGUAGCUGUGUUCCUGGAUACACGGGAAAGAAUUGCAGUAUUGGUAAGCCAAUUCUCCAUGUAAUAGAAUCAUGUUAUUUACAGCAAUUAAUAACCGAUUUAAUAACUGCAUGAGUAUGAAAUGCAGCAAAAAAAAUGCAGAUCGAGGCCAGAAGGCGGGUAAUUAUCUUGAGCUAUGGUGACAACAUUUUGUCAAACUGAUCUUCCAAAAGCCAGAUAUACGGGAAAGAAUUGCAGUGUUGGUAAGCCAAUUCUCCAUGUUAUAGAAUAGUCGCCGGCGUUAUGACAAGCCUGUGAACAUGAGUGAAAAAAAGAAGUUUAAGCAGCAGUUUAGUGACCGACCCUGUAUCAAGUGGGAUCCUGAAUCUUUAAUACACGAUUUCAAAGUAUAUUAUGUAUUUUAAACUCCGCCUAAGAUAUCGAUGACUGUGCCGAUGGACCGUGCAAAAAUGGAGGAAGUUGCACAGAUGCUGUGAAUGAUUUUAAUUGUAGCUGUGUUCCUGGAUACACGGGAAAGAAUUGCAGUAUUGGUAAGCCAGUUCUCCACGUAAUAGAAUUAUGUUAUUUACAGUAAUUAAUUACUGAUUUAACAACUUGCUCUCGAUAAUGGAAACAGAGGAUGAUUAUGUUGAAGUGCCCAUUCUGCUACAAAAAAAUUGCAAAAUCUGUAGCCACGACUUCCUGCACUAAUAAUUGACAGUUCUUUAGUAAAUUUCUGUAAGACUAUUUUUGUAACUCUAGCUCUUAACUUUCUCCUUGCGGGCGAAGAUGGCCAAAGGAUGUGUGCAAAAAUAACGUAUAUACAUGAUACACUACUGAAAUGCAGCAAAAUGCAGAUCGAGAUCAGGAGGCGGGGAAUUAUCCUAGCUAUGAUGACGACAUUUAUCUGACUGAUCUCGCAAAAGCCUUCUAAAUUUGGUCAGCGCGAGCUGGUUAUUUAAGAACCAGUUGGUAGAUUAAUUGAAACGGAGUAGCUUGGGAGGACGCAUUUCUUUAGAGCAUUAAUUUGAAAAUCAUUUAAGAGGCUGAACCGAAUGUGAUUAUAUGGGGUAUUCGGAAAAAGUCAAUGCAACCAGAGAGUAACCUGAGAUCAGGCUCUAUUUUCGUUUGGCUUUGAAAAUUACAUUCCGGCGGGGAGAAUGUAUGAGAACCACUCAAAUUGGGCCUGAUCUCAGGUUACCAGAGUACCAGAGAGGGGAACCAAAGCGAUUAGAGUCUUUCAUGGAUUGAUAAUAAAACUUAGUAUGAGAGCUAUCUCUUAACAUAUUUCAAAAUAUAUAUUUUCCGAGUUUUAAAUUUCUUUCAAGAUAUCGACGAUUGUGCUGAUGGACCGUGCAAAAAUGGAGGAAGUUGCACAGAUGCUGUGAAUGAUUUUAAUUGUAGCUGUGUUCCUGGAUACACGGGAAAGAAUUGCAGUAUUGGUAAGCCAAUUUGCCAUGUAAUAGAAUCAUGUUAUUUACAGCAAUUAAUUGCUGACCUAAUAACUACGUAUACAUGGGCUUUUCAAAACCAUUUUCAUGACUUAUUGCUCUCGAUAAUGCGGAAACAGCGGAUGAUUAUGUUGAAGUGCCCAGUCUGCUACAAAAAAUUGCAAAAUCUGCAGCUACGACUUAAUGCACUAAUAAUUGAUAGUUUUUUAGUAAAUUUCUGUAAGACUAUUUUUGUAUCCCUAGCUUGUUUUUUUGUUUGUUUGUUUGUUUGACUUUUUUUUGGAAUUCUCAUCCGUCCGCAUAAUUUAUUUAGUUCUUUAAUACAAUCUUCAUAGCCUCUUCUAAUUUAUAUUUAAUAUUUAUGACUACUAUAACCUUUCCACUCUGUCCGCCUCGUCUAACUCUUAACUUGCUAUUUGAGGGCGAAGAUGGCCAAAGGAUGUGACUGUGCAAAAAUAAAGUAUAUAUAUGUAUACAGUGAAAUGCAGCAAAAUGCAGAUCGAGGCCAGAAUGCGGGGAAUUAUCGAUCCUCAACUAUGAUGACGACAUUUUAUCAGACUGAUCUCCCGAACCCGCUAGCUGGUUAUUUAAGAAUCAGUCGGUGGAUAAAUUGAAACGGAGUAGCUUGGGAGGACGCAUUCCUUAGAGCAUUGAUUUGAAAAUCAUUUUAGAGGCCGAACCGAAUGUGAUUAUAAGGGGUAUUCGGAAUAAGUCGGUGCAACCUGAGAGAGCAAACAUAACGACUACUGUCUUUUAUGGAUUAAUAAUAAAACUUAGUAUUACAGCUAUUUCUUAAUAUAUUUCAAAAUAUUUUCCGAAUUUUAAAUUUCCUUCAAGAUAUCGACGAUUGUGCUGAUGGACCAUGCCAAAAUGGAGGAAGUUGCACAGAUGCUGUGAAUGAUUUUAAUUGUAGUUGUGUUCCUGGAUACACGGAAAAAAAUUGCAGUAUUGGUAAGCCAAUUCUCCAUGCUAUAAAAUAGUCACCUCGCUCCUAGCCUUUAGAUCUAUUAUAUUCAUAUGUUGACUAUCCAUUGUCGUAAGUUUACAUUAUUUUUUAGAGAAAAAAUCUGAGCAAACGUUUAAAGCUAAAGCCAAGAGAGGCUCUUGCUAAAGCAAAAAGCCGUGUGUUACCAGUUGCAACAACAUUCACUCUCAACUUACGUUUCUUAACUUUCGUCUUUUUUGUUUAAGAAGCCACAGCUUUAUUGACUGUGCUCAUUAUCCCGGCCUUUGAAUCGAAGCGAUCGAGGAUUGCAUGUGUCCUUGUUAUGCUACAAAUCUUCCACUUUUCAUGUGAAGUCGUGAUUUUCUCGCAGGCGUUAAUAAGCCUUUGAAAAUAAGUGAAAAAAAAAAAACAAAGGUUAUGGAGCAGUUUAGUGACCCAACCCGUAUCAAGUGGCAUCCUGAAUCUUUAUACGAUUUCAAAGUAUAUUAUGUAUAAAUUCCGCUUAAGAUAUCGAUGACUGUGCCGAUGGACCGUGCGAAAAUGGAGGAAGUUGCAGAGAUGCUGUGAAUGAUUUUAAUUGUAGCUGUGCUCCUGGAUACACGGGAAAAAAUUGCAGUAUUGGUAAGCCACGUUCUCCAUGUAAUAGAGUAAUUUUAUUUGCAGCAAUUAAUAAUUAUUACUGAUUAAAUAACUGCAUGAAUAUGAAAUGCAGCAAAAUGCAGAUCGAGGUCAGAAGGCGGGGAAUUAUCCUGAACUAUGAUGACAACAUUUUAUCAGGCUAAUCUUGCGAACCUUAAGCUUCUAAAUUUGGUCAACGCUAGCUAGUUAUUUAAGAAUCAGUCGGUGGAUUAAUUGAGACAUAGUAGCCUGGGAGGACGCAUUCCUUAGAGCAUUAACUUAAAAAUCAUUAUAGAGGCCGAACCGAAUGUGAUUAUAUGGGCGAUUCGGAAGAAGUCAAUGCAACCGGAAAGGGCAAACAAAGCGACAGCACUAAAGUCUUUCAUGGAUUGAUAAUAAAACUUAGCAUUACAGCUAUUUCUUAAUUUAUAUCAAAAUAUAUAUUUUCAAAGUUUUAAAUUGCCUUCAAGAUAUCGACGAUUGUGCUGAUGGACCAUGCGAUAAUGGAGGAAGUUGCACAGAUGCUGUGAAUGAUUUUAAGUGUAGCUGUGUUCCUGGAUACACGGGAAAAAAUUGCAGUAUUGGUAAGCCAAUUCUCCAUGUUAUGGAAUAGUCACCUCACUUCUUUAGAUCUAUUAUAUUCAUAUGCUGACUAUCCAUUGUCGUCAGUUUACAAUGCUUUUUAGAGAGAAAAUCUGAGGAAACGUUUAAAUCUAAAGCCAAGAGAGGCUCUUGGUAAAGCAAAAAGCCGUCUGUUAUCAGUUGCAACAACAUUCACUCUCAACGUUCCUAACUUUGGUGUUUUUUGUUUAAGAAGCCACAGCUUUAUUGACUGUGCUCAGUAUCCCGGCCUUUGAAUCGAAGCGAUCGAGGAUUGCAUGUGUCCUCGUUAUGCUACAUAUCUUUCCACUUUUCAUAAGUGUGAAGUCGUGAUUUUCUCGCCGGCGUUAUAACAAGCCUGUGAACAUGAGUGAAAAAAAAAAGGUUAUGGAGCAGUUUAGUGACCCAACCCGUAUUAAGUGGCAUCCUGAAUCUUUAUACGAUUUCAAAUUAUGUAUUUUAAAUUCCGCCUAAGAUAUCGACGAUUGUGCCAAUGGACCGUGCGAAAAUGGAGGAAGUUGCACAGAUGCUGUGAAUGAUUUUAAUUGUAGCUGUGUUGCUGGAUACACGGGGAAGAAUUGCAGUAUUGGUAAGCCACGUUUUCCAUGUAACAGAAUCAUUUUAUUUACAGCAAUUAAUUACUGAUUUGAAAACUGCAUGACUAUGAAAUGCAGCAAAAUGUAGAUCGAGGCCAGAAGGCGGGGAAUUAUCCUGAACUUUGAUGACGACAUUUUAUCAGACUGACCUCGCAAAAGCCUUUUAAAUUUGGUCACCGCUAGCUGAUUCUUUAAUAAUCAGUCGGUGGAUUAAUUGAAACGGAGUAGCCUUAAUUUAAUUUUAAUUUGACAAUCAUUUUAGAGGCCGCACCGAAUGUGAUUAUAUCAGGUAUUCGGAAGAAGUCAAUACAACCGGAGAGGGCAACCAAAGCGACAACAGUCUUUUAUGGAUGGAUAAUAAAACUUAGUAUUACAGCUAUUUCUUAAUAUAUUUCAAAAUAUUUUCCGAAUUUUAAAUUUCCUUCAAGAUAUCGACGAUUGUGCCAAUGGACCGUGCGAAAAUGGAGGAAGUUGCACAGAUGCUGUGAAUGAUUUUAAUUGUAGCUGUGUUCCUGGAUACACGGGGAAGAAUUGCAGUAUUGGUAAGCCAAUUCUCUAUGUGAUAGAAUCAUGUUAUUUACAGCAAUUAAUUACAGAACUAAUAACUGCAUGACUAUGAAAUGCACCAAAAUACAGAUCGAGGUGAGAAGGCUGGGAAUUAUCCAAACUAUGAUGACGACAAUUUUGAUUAUCACACUGAUCUCGCAAAAGCCUUCUAAAUUUGGUCAACGCUAGCUGGUUAUUUAAGCCCAAUCAGUUGGUAGAUUAAUUGAAACGGGGUAGCCUUGGAACACGCAUUCCUAGAGCAUUAAUUUGAAAAUCAUUUUAGAGGCCAAACCGAAUGUGAUUAUAUGGGGUAUUCGGAAGAAGUCAAUGCAUCCGAAAAGGGCAACCAAAGCGACUAGUCUUUUUUGGAUAGAUAAUAAAACUUAGUAUUACAGCUAGCUAUUUCUUAAUAUAUGUCAAAAUAUUUUCCGAAUUUUAAAUUUCCUUCAAGAUAUCGACGAUUGUGCUGAUGGACCGUGCGAAAAUGGAGGAAGUUGCACAGAUGCUGUGAAUGAUUUUAAUUGUAGCUGUGUUCCUGGAUACACGGGAAAGAAUUGCAGUAUUGGUAAGCCAAUUCUACAUGUAAUAGAAUUAUGCUAUUUACGCAGCAAUUAAUUACUGAUUUAAUAACUACAUGAGCUUUUAUAAAAAACAUUUUCAUGACUUAUUGCUCUCGAUAAUGGAAACAGAGGAUGAUUAUGUUGAAGUGCCCAGCCAUCUGCUACAAAAAAUUGCAAAAUCUGCAUCCACGACUUACUGCAUUAAUAAUUGAUAGUUCUUUAGUAAAUUUCUGUAAGACUAUUUUUGCAACUCUAGCUUGUUUUUUUUUGUUUGUCUUGUUUUUUGGGAAUUCUCAUCCGUCCACAUAAUUUAUUUAGUUCUUUAAUAUAAUCUUCAUAGCUUUUUUUAAUUUAAUAUUUAUGACCGCCAUAAUCUUUCCACUCUGCCCGCCUCGUCUAGCUGUUAACUUGCUAUUUGAGGGCAAAGAUGGAAAAAGGAGGUGACUGUGCAAAAAUAAAGUAUAUAUAUGUAUACAGUAAAAUGCAGCAAAAUGCAGAUCCAGGCUAGAAGGCGGCGAAUUAUCCUAACUAUGAUGACGACAUUUUAUCAGACUGAUCUUGCAAAAGACUUCUAAAUUUGGUCAACGCUAGCUGGUUAUCUAAGAAUCAGUCGGUGGAUUAAUUGAAACGAAGUAGCAUGGGAGGACGCAUUCCUUAGAGCAUUAAUUUGAAAAUCAUUUUAGAGGCCGAACCGAAUGUGAUUAUAUGGGGUAUUCGGAAGAAGUCAAUGCAACCGGAGAGAGCAACCAAAGCGAUUACAGUCUUUUAUGGAUGGAUAAUAAAACUUAGUAUUACAACUAUUUCUUAAUAUCUGUCAAAAUAUUUUCCGAAUUUUAAAUUUCCGUCAAGAUAUCGACGAUUGUGCUGAUGGACCGUGCGAAAAUGGAGGAAGUUGCACAGAUGCUGUGAAUGAUUUUAAUUGUAGCUGUGUUCCUGGAUACACGGGAAAGAAUUGCAGUAUUGGUAAGCCAAUUCUCCAUGUUAUGGAAUAGUACCUCGCUCCUUUAGAUCUAUUAUAUUCAUAUGUUGACUGUCCAUUGACGUCAGUUUACAGUGCUUUUUAGAGAUAAAAUCGGAGGAAAUGUUGGCUAAGGCCCAGAGAGGCUCUUGCUAAAGCAAAAAGCCCUGUGUUAUCAGUUGCUAGAACAUUCACUCUCAACUUACGGUCUUAACCUUGGUGUUUUUUGUUUAAGAAGCCAUAGCUUUAUUGGCUGUGCUCAGUAUCCCGGCCUUUGAAUCGAAGCGAUCGAGGAUUGGAUGUGUCCUUGUACGCUUUUCAUGUGAAGUCGUGAUUUUCUCGCCGGCGUUAUAACAAGGGUGUAAGCAUGAGUCUGAAAAAAAAAGGUUAUGGAGCAGUUUAGUAACCCAACCCGUAUCAAGUGGCAUCCUGAAUCUUAAUCCAAUUUGAAAGUAUAAUAUGUAUUUUAAAUUCCGCUUAAGAUAUCGACGAAUGUGCUGAAGGACCAUGCAAAAAUGGGGGAAGUUGCACAGAUGCUGUGAAUGAUUAUAACUGUAGCUGUGUCCCUGGAUAUAAGGGCAAGAACUGUAGUAUUGGUAAGCCAAUCCGCCCUCUUCAUAGUUUUAGUGAAUGCUAUCAGUAAGAGUUUCAUAACAUGCAUAAAGAAAAAUCAAACAAUAUUAUAAAAGACUGCAAUAGGGUGCCAACCAGAUAAUUAUAGCAUAAGAGCUUAACAAUGUUGUCGUCGUGUUCUCCGCUCGCGAUGAAUUUUAGUCGACGUUCUCCAAAGGAGUUUCGGUGGAAAAUCUUCGCCAGCGACGAUUUCCAGCCACUUGUUGAGCUUGCUGUCCUGUGUCAUUUGCAUGGAAACUGCUCGUGAUUCACCGAUCGUAAACACUGUUUCACAGACGAUGAAUAAACACAUCAGCACUUCUCUUACCCUUCAUGAAUUCAACAUGAAUUGUGCCCUGGUCUUGCUUCCUAGAAACAAAAAAAUGCGCCGUGACGUAAAAAUUACUGUAUGACGUCAUGGCAGACACCAUCGGAUAUAUACAAACAUGGGCGCUGCGAGUUUGCAGCUCGCUAUGACCCACGCGCGCUUUGCGCGUGACAAGAUUAUUAAUGGUUUUCGCGAGGGCACUUCGAGACCUUGCUCCGCUCGGAAUGAAAACCUGCACAGUCAUGGGACAUCUCGCUACAUUUCUGUUUUAACACCGAGCGACUGACAGGAGGAAAGAGGGUUUCGUUUUAAACAUUCAACCAUAAAAAAACUCUUUAGACAAACAUCGUGUUAGUUAUAUUUUUAAAUCGAGCAUCAGUGGUAGAAAAUAAUCACUAUUAUUUUCGUUUUUGUCUGAUUAAAGAUAUCGACGAAUGUGCUGGUGGACCGUGCGAAAAUGGAGGAAGCUGCACAGAUGUUGUGAAUGAUUUCAACUGCAGCUGCUUACCUGGAUUCACGGGGAAGAAUUGCAGUAUUGGUAAGCAAGUUCUACGCCAGUUCCUGGUACAAUUCAGUUAAAAAAAAUUAGCUGAUAAGUUUUUCUUCUGAAGCAAACAUCUUCAAAUUGUACAUGUAACGCACGGCUUAGAAACUUAAUAAUUCUCAAGAGUUGUAUUUUUGAUGAUUUUAUAUAAAUUAUGAGAUUAUUAAAAUACUCUAAAUCCGUUUUCACAUCUUGUUUUUAAGAUAUUGACGACUGCACUGAUCAACCUUGCGAAAAUGGUGGGAAAUGCAUUGACCGUGUGAAUGGAUAUGUUUGCAGUUGUGUUUCUGGCUUCAAAGGAAGUCACUGCGCAGUUGGUAUGUUUAAGAAUUAUCUUUUUCAAGGGUGAGGUCACAGUGCCAUGGGUCGGCAAGUACGCACUUGUGCAUUCGUAACUGAUUAAGAUCGUCUCCUAACAUGAAAACAAACCUUUAACUUAACUUCAUCUGGAAGAAAGACAGAGAUGAGAUGUAUGUUGGAUUUUUAUGGAAUAUGAAUUAUCUUAAUGUGAGUAACUGUGUGCGUUUUACCGGUCAGACCUGUCCCAGCCGGGCGUUGUUGGAUGCUAUAACUUACUCAUGGUUUAUCUAAAUGAGCUGUGUCACGAAAAUUCAAACCUUGGGAACUGCCAAAAAAAUGAUUAAAACAUGAACAUAACCUCUCAAAAUGUCAAAAUAAAGUUAUAAAUAACACAGGAAGUACAAAAGGAGGCAAGGAUGGACAAAUUUUUUUAACAGUUUUUCAAAGCUUGUUUGUUUGUGACGUUUGAAAUAAUGCCUUGGAAACACAUUUUUCUGACACGAAUUCGAAGCUGUGAUGUUGUCAGUCACAACUAAUUCAGUCUGAAGUUCCAUAGCAAAUAGAGCGAUUUUCGUAUGACCUUGAAAUGAAAACGCGCGAACAGAACAGAAACAACAAGCGAACGGAAAUAGUGCAAUUUGAUUGGUUUAUCGAACGGAUCUGAUAAACGCGCUUAGUCACGUUGGUUGGUUAAGCAAACGCAAGGGUGAAAAAACUUUAUGCCCGAGAACUUUUUAGAAAUCAAUCGAUACUUCGCUUUGACGUCAUACAGUACUGCAACACGAUUGGCCGAUCGAACAAUACCUUCUCAAAAAUUAGGGUUUUCUUUGGCGGGAAAACGAAGAGUCCAAUGUGUUUUGAUGUUUUCAUCCAUUGGCUGAUAAAACAAGUAACGAACACUUACCGAAACCAUCGUUUUCAAGGUCAUACGAACUUUGCUCUAAGGACGUGUAAUUGACAUUAUAAAAAAAAUAAACUAACCAUGUAGCACUAAAUCACAGGCCCUUAAGUUCAGUCGCAGAUUUUGGGACGGGGGCUUGUCCCGGCCGUUAGGCUCAGAGACCAAAUAUGGGUCCCGUUGGACUGAGGCUCUGCUUAAAUAAAUGUUUCCCGGUUUCAGCCAAAGAGCAGACCUUCUAGUCCGGCCAUUACUUCAAGAUUGUGGUCUGGCCAUGAACUUCAACCACUUUAUCCGAGGUGGCUUUGGAAAAACCCUUAUGUGCAUUUUUAAAAUAUACUUAUUCCUUCCUUUGUCUUUAGCACUUAAAGACGGCGGAUGCAAUGCCUUUUUCGAGGGAAAUGACUGCGAAAAAGGUACUUAUAAUUCAGGUUUUUUAGUCUUCAGUGAUUUCAUCCAAAAGGUGGAUAUACAGUAGCUGGAAUUUCUAUUGCUUUCCGAAUGCAACUUUGGAAACUGUUCAGUAAAUGAAGCUGUAUAUAUGUACGACUUAUGUUGUUCGAACCGCGAUACAGAGCAUGCGUCCAUAACCAUUAAUUCAUAACCAUAUGCAUAAGGACAAACGCACGCGCAGAAUGGCAUAUUUGACUCAAUUUUCGAUACCAUCCCUCCUCAACCCAAUGAUAAAUAAGAUGGCGGACGCUUAUUGCUUUUCAUAAGUUCGCAUGGUCUGGGACAAAGUGACGUAUGAUUGGUCCACGGCCUUGUGCUUCUGCUCCUGCUAAUGUCGACCCAGUUUUCACUUGUCAAAGCUAAGACAUAACCACAAGCAGUAGAAGAACUAACUUGUCCAUUUUUCUUGUGCUCUAGUGCUUAUGCUUAUGUCGACCCAGUUUUCACUCGCUUACACAUGUGCGUGUGCUUAUGCUUAUGCUUAUGCUUAAGCGCUAGUGAAAACCAGGCUUUAAGGGCAUGGUCUUUCAAACAUUUUUCCCUUCUCAAGAUACGCCAAUUUUGACAAGCCAAAGAUUAUACUAAGACAGGGAGCCGAUUAUUAGGAAAAAAAUGCCAACAAAAUAAAAUAAAACAACAACAAGAAAUUAUUUAAUUAGUGCUAAGUGAUAAUUUGAACCAAAAGACGAUGCACGGAUGUUUUAACGAUAAGUAGAUUAUUUGAAGUGAACGAUUGGAAAAGAAUAUAUUUUAAUGAUUUAAUAAUGUGACUCUCUAGCCGCCGUUAACAGCUUCCACUAAUCCGUCGACAGGCCGUUUGAGAAUGCUACGCGUUGAUUGAUGUCUAUGAUUGUAAUGUGUUUUUUCUUACUUCUAGUUAAACCUGUUUUCUUCGCUGUCUGCGUGCUAAGCUUUGUGGUCUUUUUAGCUGUUGUACUGGCUUUGAUCUCCUAUGUAUUGCACAAUAGAAGAAGCGGAGGUUAGUCGGCAUUCUGAACGUGAUUUUGAUAAAUUAAAAUAAUAUUCUUAAAUCAGUUUUUUUUCGGGAGUUACCCUCCCCCCGCCACGUUACACAAGAGAGGGCCGGAUGGGUGGGGCUGGCAGGGAAGUCAUUUCAUACACUAUAUUGACUUCUGAAGUUGAAAAAGAUAAACAAGCUUUCUUUUUCAGCUUACUCUGACGUCAGUUUUAGCAUUUGAUUUACUGAAACACGAAUCGUUAUAAAAGCGUCAAGACACACGGAAGGGACAUUAUCAACGUUGCCAUAAUUACUAUGAUAUCACAAUUACCUUAUAUAGUCAUGGGUCAUCAUUAUUGUUUAAUUAUAUGGUAUUCUUUUGACUCUUAAGUAAUAGUGUCUCUUUGGCCAUUUCCGACUUCCAAUCUUUCUCUCUGAUCUGAAAAUGAGGCUAAGUGCAAAAUCUUUCUUGUGAAAAUGAAUUUAAUCAGUGUAUGACAAUAAAAACAUCAUUUUGGUAUCAAUAGCUUCGCUCUUAGCCUCGCUUUGAAACAGCUAGGCUCGGAAAUAAGCUAAUGAAUUUUUCCUCAAAAAAAUUUCAAUAGCAAUGUGCUCAUUAAAUGAUCAUGAUGUAAUGUACAACGGAAGGUUAGAUAUCAUCAUGAGGGUGAGUUUCAAUAUUAGUUUAUUCGGUAACCUUAACAUAGUAUGGGAAAAAUUAAAUUUUGUUCUACUUACACUUUUUAUAAUUUCAGAUAGUGAUGUUCCCCUUGAAAGCAAUAACAAGUAA